AUGUCACCUCCAGUACCGAGAGUACUCUGUCUGCACGGCUGGGCACAGAACGCAGAGGUCUUUGAACGGCGCAUGGCGAAGAUAGUCGAUGCCUUUCAGGGCGAUGCAAAAUUUGAAUUUUUCUCCGCGCCUCUGGUGUUGCCUCCACGUGGCGAUUCAGAUCGAGUCGACGCGCGCUGCUGGUUCCUUCCAUCGGAUCGCUGGGACAAUUUUGAAUCAGACCAAGACUAUCUUUGUUGGUGGACUGUUACAGUGCCCGCGCUGGUGGACUUUUUACAACAGCAGCAUGAGCCUUUCGAUGCAAUCUUGGGGUUUUCUCAGGGGGGUUGCGCUGCGGGUAUGCUCGCAUUAAUGGCUGACAUUGGGAAGAAGUCCUCGGAAGCGGAUGAAAUAACCCACAGAGCCGCAUCUUGGGUCCGCGGCGUUGUAAAGGAGGAGCUUGCGAAAUACUUCAACUGCACAGAUGACAGGAAAGGCACUUGUUAUUCUGAACACGAGUCAGAAUUGCUAGUCGCAAUCACCGAAGAAGUACGCGAUGAAGCUGCCCGGAGAGCGCUCUCGAGUCUCUAUGCAGAAUCGAACACAUCACGGACAGGAGACGAGAAUCAUGCUUCAACUCUGUUUGGCCAGCGAAACUUAAAAGGCUUGAUGGACUACGCAUCUCAAUCGGCAAUAGCACUAUUUCAGAUACUUUGGCAACGUCCACCACACUUUGUCCUUAUCGGCGCAUCACCCUGGCGGGGAGCGCAGUAUACACUUGAAAACGAGAACACAGAAUCCGGUCUGCAGCUGCGUUCGCUGCACAUUAUCGGAAAGCGGGAUACCAGGGUGCUGCCGACACAGCAGGAAGAGGUGGCGCGGCUUUUCGCCACGCCUGAGUUUUUUUAUCACGAUGGGACGCAUGCUGUCCCUGACAUGAGGAACGCAGAAUGUGGCGCAGUUCUGCGAGCUUUUCUGCUCGCACCAGAAUGAAAGAAAGGCUCUUCCCGAAAGAUCGUCUGGUGUGGCCAAACUGGAUGGCGUAAAAAUGAGACGAUGAGGUUUGAAAGUAAGUACGACGUGAAU